AAUUCCAGUUUCACAAUGGCUUCCUCGGCUUGUUCUGCAUGCAGGCAGUUGUUAACGACGUCCUGCAAGAGAUUUGUACCUGUCACCUCAUCUAUAAAGUCUCAUCAGAAGUUCUUGACAAAUGUCACCUCUCGUAAUAAACUCAGUGUAUGCAGACAUUUUAGCAGUGGUGUUGAUAAGCAGACGGUCAUUUUCAGAGAAAAUGGAGAAACUAUUAUUGGAAGCCCAUAUCCAGACGUCCCAUUGUGCAAUAAAACAUUUCGAGAUUUUAUGUUUGCUAAUUUAGAUGAAUUUAAAAAUUUGGAUAUGAUGGUAGACUAUCCGACAGGGAGAGUAUAUUCUGGUGCCAAAAUAAAAGAUCAGGUUAUAAAAGUAGCAAGUGCUUUGACACGCCUGGGUUACAAGAAGGGAGAUGUGGCUUUGGUGUUCUCUAAUAAUUGUCCGGAGUACCCGAUCAUCUUUCUGGCUUGUGCGGCGAUAGGUGUUACAGUGAGCACCGCCAACCCAGUGUACACACCAACUGAAUUGGCCAGACAACUUGUUCAUAGUGAAACAAAGUGUAUUUUUACAAUGGCAUCCAUGCUGCCAACAGUACAAGAAGCCUUUGCAAUAGACCAAGUUGUUUCACAGAGUAUUAAGGAUGUGAUUAUAAUUGACGGAGAGGCGGACAAAUGCCGACCUUUCCAGAAUCUUCUUGACGACAACGGUCACAGUUUCCCCGAGAAUGUUGACAUCAACCCUGGAGAAGCUAUUCUUACGUUGCCAUACAGUAGUGGCACAACGGGACUUCCCAAAGGCGUAAUGUUGUCACAUACAAACAUGGUGAUGAACUUACUACAAGCGCAAACAGGUCAGAUGAAGUUUGAGACAGGUAAAGAAGUUCUAAUGGGCUUGUUGCCGUUUUAUCAUAUAUAUGGUAUGAUGGUGUUACAGUUUGGAACGCUGGCUCAAGGGGCAAAGCUCAUUAUCCAUCCAAAGUUCGAGCCGGCAGCAUUUUUACAGUCAGUACAAGACCAUGAG